AACAACAAAAACAACAAACAUCGGGCACCACCGGCUUUGGAGGCCACGUGGCCGCAUCUAGGACCACUGCCCCCCCCCACUCUCGCGACCCUGCUGCGUCGACGAGCUGUGUGUGUGCUCGCGUAUUCGCCGUCCACCUCGAGCCGUCUGCACGUGAAGGUGAACUCGGCUCGAGCAGGUGCGUGACCCUCGCUGUGGUACAAGCGAUGGCCCGUGACGGACAGGUGUUCGUGGUGCUGGGAGGCUCGGGGUUUUUGGGCGAGUGGGUGGUGCGUCUGCUGCUGGAGAAGAUGGGCGACUCGCUGAGCGAGGUGCGGGUCUUCGACUCAGUGGUGCGGGACGACAUGCGCGCCUUGGCGAGCGGCCCGUGCAAGCUGACGCUGAUCAAGGGAGACAUCACGGAUUUCGAGCAGCUGGCGGCGGUCGUGCGCGGAGCUCACGCUGUUAUCCACUCAAUCAGCAUCAUCGAUUUCAUUAACAUCGUACCCAAGGAGCGCAUGCAACGCGUCAACGUGGGCGGCACACAGAACGUGGUGCGUGCAUGCGUGCAGGAGAGCGUGCCGAUCCUGGUGUACACGAGCAGCACCGAGGUGGUGGGGCCCAACAAGCGAUUCGAUCCCUUCUUCCGAGGAAACGAAGACACCCCAUACAAAGUGUCGCACAACAAUUUGUACUCCAGCACCAAAUGUGAGGCCGAGAAGAUCGUCCUGAGCGCCAACGGCACCAAGCUCAUCGCCGGGGGCAAGCUGAGCACCUGUGCUAUCCGCCCGUCGGGCAUUUAUGGGGAGAAGCACGACUCGCUCGAGCAGGCCUACAGGCGUGCACAAAAGAAAAGAGGGGUGGUCAUUCGCGUCUCGCCCACGAACUCGGAGCAUGGGCGCGUGUACGUAGGUAACGUGGCGUGGAUGCACGUGAUGGCUGCACAGGCCCUGGAGAAGAAGCCCCAGACGGUGGGUGGCCAGGUCUACUACUCGUGUGACGAGUCGCCCUUCAUGAGCUACACUGACUUCAACAUGGAGUUUUUCUCCGAGCUGGGCUUCCGCGUAAGCGGAGAGCGGAUGAUUCUGCCGUACUAUGUCUUCUACCUAUUGGCGAUACUGCAGGAGGUUUUGCAAGUGGUGCUGGGGCCACUGACGGGCUUCAAGCCAUUUCUGAACCGCUACAUGCUGAAUUCCCUCAUCUCCACGUUUACCGUGAGCUCCGACAAAGCAAGCCGCCACUUCAACUACGAGCCACUCUACAGCUGGGCCGAGUGCCGCCAGCGCACCGUGGCAUGGCUGCGGGCCUUGCCCGUUGCCGCUACGCCAACCCCACCGCACUGACCCCACAACACCGCACUCACUCAACUGAAAUCAUUAUGCUAACCCGACCUCACCACACUGACCAAUACGCUAAAUGGGGUAAGGGUGAUGUGUAAGGAGAGUACUGUAUAUGGGUUUCAACCGCUCAACAAUAGCUACCAGGUGCUGAAUUCACAAAAAUCCCUCAUUCUGCAGUGGACAGUGUCUCUUGUAUUAGCAAUGAACACCAUAUGCUCAGUGUUGAAAGCUUUUUAGUGAAACUCUGGCAGAAUUCAGAAAUAAGAUAUGGAGCAACCGACAUCCUUCUCCCGCACAUCCGAUUCGCACGGAUGGCUACAUAUGGCGUGAAAGAAGUUGAACUUACCAUACAUAUAUCUACCGAGUAUAAACCACAUACACACACAGAAAUAAUCAAAAUCUAAUUUUAUUAAAACAUUCAAAAUCACAGGCACUUAAAGGUUUUGCUUUUUAGUGUAUAUUUCUUACGAAUAAUGGCAUUGAGCAAAUUUAUAUAUAAAGGAAAAUAUAUCGUG